CGUCAAUCAGUUAACCUUGGUCACGUUGAUGUGUCUACGCAAAGCACUCAGCCUCCUCUUCGCUGCGGUCUUAUUGAUAGUUUUUCUCAGAAGACGCCUCACGGCGGGAACGGGGCCCCCCUUGCGCCGAAUUACGACCAGGGACGAUUCUCACACGAGCGAACGUUUGCUCGAUGAUGGCGCCGUCGUAUUCCGCUCGGAAAGUCGUGAACUCAGCCGCGGACCAACGAAUGGCACUGUCUUAGUAUUGACCAUCGUCAAGGAUGGCCAGUCCUGGGGAUCCCAGCGGAGCUUUCACGACUACCUGAAGCUCAUCUCUAACCUCGGAGUCAACAAGGCAGAUUUGUCUCUGGGGCUCUUGAUCAGCGAUGCAAAUGAACACCGGGACAUCAAGCAGAUUCUUGACUCUUCCAACGAGGAUUUCCGGCGUCUGUGCAUCAUCCGAGAGCCAGAGACAUUCCGUAAGAUGGAGGGCGAGAGACGGGAUCGGCACAACGAGGAUAUACAGCGACCUCGGCGCAAGCUUCUUGCCCGGAUUAGGAACUAUCUGGUGACGACGGCGCUCCAUGAUGAGGCCAACGUGCUGUGGAUCGAUGCAGACAUGAUCAAGAUACCUGAUAAUCUUCUGCCGACGAUGAUCAAGUCAGGUCACCCCAUUUUGGUGCCGUCCACGUUUAUUGGCGACCUGUAUUACGACCGGUAGGCACGGACGAAUCAUCCAAGUGUGGAUAUACGUAGCGUUGCUGUGUGUUACUUCCCCCUAGGAACACAUGGGUGGGUCCCCGCACGGAGCCAACAAAAGAACAGCUGCUUCGCCUUCGGGAAGGGGACAGCGCUGCUUUCAUUCCAGAGCAGGCCCCUGGGAACAUGUAUCUCGACCAAUUUAAAGACAGAGAGGAGGAUUUUGUUCCUAUAGACGCCGUUGGCGGAACAGUUCUCUUCGUCAAGGCGACGCUGCAUCGCCAAGGAGUCUUAUUUCCCCCCUAUCAUGUGAUCGGCGCGGACUGGGGUGGUGAAGGAUACGACGGAGUAGAGACCGAGGGACUGUGUUAUGUCGCUGCGACAAUUGGCGCUGCUUGUCACGGGAUGACACACUUCGAUGCGAUACAUUCAGCGGAUUAGGGCCUUCGAUGCACUAUGAACUGACAUGUCUUUUGUACGUGGACUUUCGAUAUAUAUAGAAAUAUAGGUGAAUACAUGUGUGAGUAUACGUGUACCUAGUCGUGCACCUACUUUUUGAACAAUUCAAGCUGCACACCUAUAC